AUGGGUUUGAAGGAAGAAUUUGAGGAAUAUGCAGAGAAAGUCAGGACUUUGCCCUCGAGUCCCUCAAACGAGAAUUUACUCAUUCUCUAUGGCCUUUACAAGCAAGCGACUGUUGGAAACGUGAACACGAGCCGUCCGGGCAUGUUUAACAUGAAGGAAAAAGCUAAGUGGGAUGCAUGGAAAGCCGUUGAAGGAAAAUCACAGGAGGAGGCAAUGAACGACUACAUUACCAAGGUGAAGCAGUUGCUCGAAGAAGCUGGGAUUUCUUGUUGA